AUGAGGAUCCAUUACCUUCUCUUUGCAUUUCUCCUAGUGCUGCUGUCUCCACUAGCAUCUUUUAGGCUAAAUGACAACAACCGACAUAUUUGCCAUAUGCAAGGAGGCUCAUGCCAUAGGAGGUGCUUUUUCCCUACUCAUCAGAUUGGCAUGUGUACAAGUGUCUUCAAAUGCUGCAAGAGAUUAUAG